UGACGUUUAUAGACUUCCUGUUUUUAUUUCACGUAAAGUGACAGAACAGCUCGGAGAUAGAAGCAGUUAACUCAGCAACAUGAGUUGGUUAUUUGGGAAUAAGAACAAAAACACGUCGUCCUCUCAAACAAAUUUACAAGCCCACAGAACAAAACAGAUCGAUUCACUGAAGAAGGCGAAUCUAAACCCAAUAGAAGUGAUACCCAAUACAGAAUACAGAAUCACAUUUGCAUCAGGGGGUAUCAACAUAACAUUAGUAGUAUCCCUCCCACCACUGUUUCCUCAAGACCAACCAUCAAUUUCUGUUCACCCACCUAUUUAUCACCAAUGGGUAGAUUCACAGUCCAAGAUCACCAAUUGCCCAAGUCUUUCAUCCUUCUCAAUGCAUUCCAGUCUAGCUGUGAUAGUACAAUCCAUCAUUGAUGAAUUCAAGUCACACCCUCCACAACUGCAAUCACACAACUUUGGUGUAGUUGGACGGCCUCCGUUUCCUCCAGCUACAACCUCCAUGUCUAGCUUUACGGCUUCGGGGGGAAUGCCAGAAUACUACCAGUCUCCAGGGGGUCACUUUGGGACCAAUCAAACAGAAUCCAUGCAAGUGGCAGAAAAUUCCUCAGAGGAAUCGCUGUCUUUAGAUAAAGUUCCUGAUGUAUUUGCUGCCUUUCCUGAUCUUAAAACUAAAAGUCUUACCGAGUUAUUUGAAUUACAAGAUGAAGAAGACAAAAUCUUAGAAAUGAUUCAGAAACUUCCUCACGUAACAAAAUUUGCUGAGGAGAGGGAGAAGAUUUCUAAUGAAUGUAUUGAGCUUGCAAGAGCUAAUUUAAGCUAUAAGCCUGUACUAGAGCAGCACAGACAGUGGAUUUUGGAGAAGAAAAACCUCUAUCAGAAAACUGAAGAAGAAUUCCAGAGGAAUCAGCAGAGACUGAUGUCUAAGUCUGAGGACUUUCACCCCUCGGUUAUCCAGAACAACUUGAAGGUAGCACUAAUGGAAGCAGAAGAGGAGUCCGAGAAUAUUGUUGAGCAGUUCUUAGAAAAAAAAAUGGACGUUGAAGAGUUUAAGCAGAGAUUCAUUCAAACUAGAAGUUUAUGUCAUGCCAGGAGAGCAAAGGACGAGAAGUUGACUCACAUCCUUGUACAACAAGGAUACAGUAAUUGAUUCAUUUGUUGAAACCAACGACAAAAUACCUGGUGAAGCCCAAACACUUAUUUCUGAAAAUAUUCAGUCAUUAUUUUAUUGUUCAAUGAAGCUAACUUAUUGGAAAUUUUGAAUGGGCAGGGUCUUAUACCUGUUGUACAAUGUACAUUUAUAUAAAUGGAGUAGACAUCAAAAUAUGGAUGGCUUUCUUUGAAAUCCUAUUAUACUGUACAUGUACUUGCAAGAGAAAACUAACUCUUUGCUCUGUGAGAUUGUUGAUCUUGAGUUUGAGUCCUAUUAAUAGGGCGUCCAUUUGAUGGCUGUGAUUUUAUUCAUGUUUUGCUACGCUUCCACUAGUGGUGAAUGACUUGUUGUACACAGUACAUGUACAUAUUCACGUGUGAAGUUGUCAUGAUCUCUGUCAAACUGUGUCAUUCACAUACCUCUUAAAGCUCUUGUGUCUGUAACAUAUACAUGUAAUUCAACAAUAUACUGUAUUCUGGGAAAUAUUCCCCCCUUUUAUUUUCACCCCUUAUGCCCUCGUUGUCAUCAGCAAAUUUAUCUCUCUUUAUAAUCCCUACUGUGUGAAUUCAAGAUGGGGCAGAAUUGUUUGCAAGUGUAGAGGGCAAAAUUUACAUGGGGCGAAAAUAACCCUGAAUACAGAAAUAACGUGUAUGAAUUGAAAUUGUUUUUAUAUGAUGAUUUUAAUACAUGCAUUAUAAAGUUGAUUUUGUUUUAAAUGUAUGUUUCACUGUUUAUUGCUUAAGAAUAUAUUGUAAAGUAGUACAAUGUACUUGCAUGUACCAAAAUUUAUUUGUAACAUCUUAUGUGUGAAUUUUGGCUCUGAUCCAUAUCAAUUUUAUUGGAUUGUGAUGUUUCAUUUUAAGAUCCAUUUACUUGGAUUUUAUAUGCCUAAAAAAUACCAGAAAAAAUGUACACGUUUAUAAGUUUCACGUUUAACAUUUGCCACGACAAUUCAAAUGAAUUUCAAUUGAGAUACUGAAAACAGCCGGAUUUCUUUUGCCAUAGGUCAUAUAUGCAUGUACAAGGAAGCGGAAUUUACUUCCUCUGCAACUCCCAAUCAAGAGAUAAAAUUACAACGUAGUCAUGCAGAUCCAGAUUUAUGUGUUCUUCCACUAAGUUUACACCAAACAUCCCUGCAAUCCUUGUUGAAUUGUACUCACUGAAACCUUUUAUUUAUUAAACAAAUUGUUUACCUGUGUACAAACUAGAAGAAUAUAAUGCAGAAUGAAAAAAUGUAGAUGGAAUUUUAGUUUUAAAUAUAAUAACCCUUGUUCUGGUUCUGGUACCAAUUUAAGCAGAUAACACACAGUUAAAGUUUUGAUCCAUAACAUCAUUAACAUGUGUACUCACAAAUUAAAACACACCAGACUUACUGCUGGACAAGAAGAUCUUGGUGUCAACAUUUAUGGAAAUAAUAGCUUUUUCAAUCCUGAUAUCAUGGAUAUGUACCGUAUUUGUAGUCAGUAUGUACAGGUAUUUGAUAAUCAACGUUUAUGACUGCAUUUGUACUAUUGAUAAUAAGUGUGUUAAUGUACCUUACAUGUAUGUUGAACACGAGUUCUGAGAACUGAUUACCGUAGCAGUUUUGUGUUAGUGUGUACUGUGUACAAGAUGUGGCAGUUAAGUGAUAGCAUGUCAGUAUAUCAUUUUGUUACCAGAUGAGAGACAGUUGUUUUGAAUAAAUAUUGUUACCAUAA